CGGAAAAGUCGAAAAAGAAUUAAUUUCUUUUUGUUAUAUCCAAUUUUUAUCCGCUUUAAUAACAAAAAUUUCGAGAAUCGUUUUUUCUUAAGUGAAGAAUUCUAUUUUUGUAAAAUUUAAAUUCAUAAUUUUUUUUCUGCUGUGUUAUUAUUAUAUUUAUAUGAAUUGGAUGCAAGUUUGAGUUAAGCGAUUCGGAGCGUUUCAACUUAAAUAGCUGAUUGAAUUCGAGAAAUGAAGAGGAAUAUUAGAUGAACAUUUUUAGUUGGAAAAAUUAAGAAAAAAAACAGAAAGAGAAAAUCGCAUUAAACUUAAAACUUAAAAGUAAAUAUUACCCAGUUGUAUAAACGAAAUAUAAAUUUAUAGUUGAAAGAUCAUUACGCUGUGAACAAGAAAAUAUUUGAACGAGCCCUCGCAAAAUGAAUGGAAUACACAUACUACUGAUCGCCAUUUUCACAGUUUUGGAAACUUCACAUGCACACGGUCACUUUCAAGGAAUCGAUCGGCCGAGAUGUCAAAAUGGUCAUGGUCAUCCGGUCAAAUUACACAGUGACACAAGAAGUCGCGUUUACGAUUUACGACGCCUCAUGGCUAAUAGAAAUCCCAAUCAAGCACUUAGUGCAUACAUAGUUACAUCAUUCGACGACCAUCAAAAUGAGGAUGUCGCUAAUUGUGAUAAGCGGAGAGAAUUUAUCAGUGGCUUUUCUGGAUUGAGAGCUGAUGUUGUGAUAACACAAAAAUCGUUGGCUUUGUGGGCGCCGGAACGUUACCUAGCCCAAGCCAAUGCCGAACUUGACUGUGAUUGGACAAUAUUUGAUAUGCAAAAUUAUCCCAGUAUUACGGAUUGGAUUGGAUCAGAAUUGCCUGCAGACAGUAGGGUCGGCGCUGAUCCACAAACAAUACCACAUUUCCUAUGGAGCAAGUAUGAUACACAUCUACACAGAAAAUUGAUACGUUUGGUGAAAGUUAGUCGAAAUUUGGUGGACGAAGUGUGGAAAAGUAGACCUCCUCCAAAUAACUAUGAGAUUUUUGUGCAUCCGGUAGUGUUUGCUGGAGAAAAAUGGCAGACGAAAAUAAUGAGCCUGCGAUUGCGAUUGGUCGAGACCAGAAGUGAUGCCAUCAUAAUAACGUCACUGACCGAAAUCUCGUAUCUGCUGAAUUUAAGGUCGAAUGAUUUGCCACAUACUCCGGUCGUUAAGGCGUAUCUCAUAGUAAGCCACAAUGAAACAGUGUUGUAUGUCGACAAAGCUCGAAUCACUUUGGGAAUAGAGCUGCAUUUGAAAGCUAAUCCCUGUUUUAUAGGUGACUUAUGCGUGAGAGUGAGACACUAUUCAAACAUCUGGCAUGAUAUCAAGUCGUAUUCCCAUCGCUGGCACAAUGUGAUAGUUCCUUCACAUUGUGCAUUUGAUAAGGGAGCAUCGGAAUCGAUUUAUUCUUCAUUGCCCAAAGACAUUAUCCAAAGUAUUCCCUCGCCAGUCAUUCUGAUGAGAGCACAAAAGAACGACAUUGAACGUGAAGGCAUGCGAAAAGCACAUAUUAUGGAUGCAGUUGCUAUGUGCGAAACGUUGAGCUACUUGGAGCAGAAGUUCAAGGCAGGCCAUAAACUAACUGAAGUAUCAGUGUCUAAGAUAGUAGACUAUUCAAGAACUGGUUCACCAUCCAACAAAGGCUUAUCGAUGAAAACGAUCGUAUCGUAUGGACGACACAGUGCCGUACCUCACUUUGAGGUUUUCAACGGCAUGGACACUGAAAUCGGCGAUGACAGUGUCUUGAUUAUUGAGUCUGGCGGACAGUACUUAGAAGGAACUACCAAAGUAACGCGAACACUUCAUUUCGGUACACCAACUUCCGAACAUAGAACUGCCUACACUAAUGUGUUGAAGGGAAUUAUAACGUCCGCAACGUUGGACUUCCCAGUGAGAUUGAAAAUGUCCGAGGUGGAUGCUCUGACGAGAGUUCAUGUGUGGGGAGCACAUUACGAUAACAAAUUAUCAACUGGCCAUGGAAUUGGAUCAUUUUCGUCCAUUAAAGAAUCUCCAAUAAAAAUAGACUCAACUGAGGAAGCAAACCUGACGUUUAAGGCUGGCUACUUUUUCUCCAAUGAACCAGCAUAUUAUAAGCCCCAUCAAUUCGGUAUCCGUCUCAGCAGUGUAAUUGAAGUCGAAGAUAUAGAAAAGCGUGACCCUACCGGCGUUCCAUUUCUAGCAUUCAAAGAUAUUAGCUUGGUUCCGUUUGAUAUGAAACUAAUCGACACGUCAGCACUAUCAACAGAAGAGAAACGUUGGCUGAAUAGAUACAAUGCCGACAUUCGACAAUUGGUGGGAGAGGAAUUAAAGAAGCAACCCAGCGCACAGGCAUUUUUCUGGAUGAUGAACCAAACAGGUCACAUAAUUGAGUACUAUCCGGAAUCGGAAUUUCGAAAGCAUAAUAACGCAAAUUGCCAGAUACAGUGGUCAUUACUUUCACUGUUUGUUAUAAUGUUCGGUAUAAUUUUAUGAGAGAAAAACUGUCCAUUCAUUAAGUUUAAAGUGUUUAGCAUUAGAAAAUCCAGAAAUUGUAUCCGUGGUAAGUUUUAUUUGUAUACUUAAUGUAAGUGUUUAGUCCAAGGGAGAAAUUAAAUUUUAUUUCAACAAAUUCAAA